AUGAGACACUUCACCAUUCUUAUUCUCGGCAUCCUCCCCGUAGGGUUCGCUCUGCCCGCUGAAAGAGGGGGGGAGUACCCAGACAUAGUCGCAAGGGCGGCCAUUUGCAAAAACUUUUAUUUGUCGAAGCUAGACGGUUCUGGUAACGGCCCAUGGACUUGCUGUUGCGCCAAGAGCCAGUGCACCGUCAGCUGGGGGACUACCUCUACGGCCGAUCUGAAUGGGAAUCUUGGAGGCGACUGGUCAAAAAUCGACUCCAAGUACCAGAUGUUUGUGGCUGCUGGGAGUCGUUGUGACCAUUAG